AUGUAUCGGACAACCUCGGUACGUCAAGGGUAUAGUUUAGCCGAUAAAUUGCGACAAGCUGUCACUGGCGGGGCUGAAGGCAAGAAGAAGGGCGUCGUUGGGACUAUUGCAGUUAAAGAUGAACAGGUAAAUUAUUUCUUUCUCUCCGAGUUAGUCGCAAAAUAUUCAGGGAGAAGAUUUUCGGGAAUUGUUUGUGAUGCCAAAAAGAAAAUUGCGAGGUCAGCUACAAUUGGAACAGUCUACGGGUCGUGCUGAAAUAAAGCAAAGAAGUAGGAAUGAUUUGAACGACCGGCUGGCUGCUCGGAGGCCGAGAAGCGAAGAAAUGAAUCCUGAACAGGUGAGGAACAAACAGAAACGUUAUUCUGAAAUGCAAUUUACUGUUCGAAUGAAGUCAAUAAAUGGUUUUGAAGGACUGGACAAACGUGUGGCCAGCGGCGCGAUCUUUCAGCGCUAGUGUCGUUCCGCUACCUGUUCGGAUGGGCUCCAGACCAAACGUCGAAAAAAGAGCUCCUUUCAAAAAAGAAGUGAAAUUUACCCUACUUGAAUACAAUAAAAAUAUUAAAUUUCUUUCAGGGAAAUCUUGAACUGGUUAAAAUUCCCAAUUUCCUUCAUUUGACGCCAGCGGCCAUUGAGAAGCACUGCAAAGCUUUACAAAGUUUAAAAAAAAGGUUUUUUUUUUCAAAAUAAGGUUUUCAGAGUUCUGCACUCCUUAUCCACAAGAACUGCUAGAUGACGCAAAGUUAGUAGACUCGGAACUACCUGUUUCUGUUUCCUACAGCACUUACGUUCAUCAGGGCACGAAUAUUAGGGAUAUGCGAUCUAGAGUUGUCACUUUCAAGGUAAGAGUCCUUAUUUCAACACUUAUCUUGUGCGUGGUUUCAGAUUGACGUCGGCGCUUUGAAUCUGAAGGAAAAAGCCAAGGAAAAGUUGAUUCGUCUGGCUGGAACUCGCUUCGACGAGAGCUCUAAUAUUUUGACUAUUAUCACCGACAGGUAGCCAUUUUCUUGAACCUGAGUAAUUGAAUUUUUUUCCCUUUUCGCUCAAAUAUUCGUUGAAACGGAAAAAAAAUGCGUAAACCGAAAUAAAUGAACUUCACUUCUAAGGAAUUUUUGGGUGAAAAUUCAAUUUAGAGUUUUCGUACGUACGUUUAAAAACUUUUUUUCCUUGAUAUAUGUUCACUUUUCUUUCAAAAUACAUAAAAGGCUGUGUUUAAUGACCGAAAAAAAAAACUGAAGAAGAUCUCGUCUUUUAUGAAAUUCCUCAAUUGAAAUUUGUGUAAUUUCGUGUAAUUUCGAAUAGACAGAUUAUGCAAUAAGAAAAAAAAAAUUUGAUGUGAGCGAAGUUUCUUUUUCAUACUUUUGUGUGACUGAAUUCGUUUUUUUUCCGAAUUAUGAGCCUUUUAAAUCCGCAAACUACAAAAAUAAUCGAAUAAAGACUUUGUUUGAGUGGUUCGCAGCUUCAUGACUCGAAAAAAGAUCUGUUGCGUGAAAAAUGUUUCUUUUCGUGAUUUCGGAAAUCUUAAAGUACAUUUGAGCCAAGUUUCACCAAAGGUUUGAACUUUUAGGCCAAAAAAAAAAAACUCAAUCGCUAGAAGAAAUGAAGCCAUUUUCAUUUUUAUGUUUUUAUUAUUUUCCAGAUGUCACACGCGAAAGCAGAAUUUGGAUUAUGCCUAUUAUUUGUUGACGGUUCUCUAUCACGAAGCCAAUGUAACUGGUUGAGCUUGAACUUCAUAGUGCUGAACAUUUCCAGAAAGUCGAAGCUUGGGAAAAAGGCCGAGAGCGGCUGGACAACCUGAAAGUCUCGUUCGACGGGUCUCGAAGCAAAGAAAAGCUCGUCGACCUUCUUUCCAAGAUUUCUCAAGUCCCACAACUUGUAAGUACAUUUAAAAAAAAAAAGGAACAUUUUUCUUCAUCCUUAUGUUCCGCGCGAAAUUGUCACGUUAAAAAAAGCACUGCUGAAAAAAACAGCUACCGUGAACACAGUUUUUUUGUUUGCGUUUUAGCUCUACAGAACUGCAAAAACAAAGGUCGUUUUCGGGUUUCCGAACAUGUAAGGUUUCUAGGCGACAACUGGGGGGUUAAUACGAUUCUCAUAUCUGAUGAAAACCUUUUUUUAAUUAAUUGUUAAUGUUCUAGGAUCCUGCGGUGAAAGGAGAGGGAAAAGACGUCGCAGAACAUGAAAAAGUUGCCAAAUUCGCGAAAAUGUGGCAACGUUACCGGAACACGGUAAAUAUACCUCUUUGAAAGAAAAAUCGGUACAAAACUUCCUUGCAGGAAGAAUCGGCCGAAGCGACUAGGGAAUACGGACGGAUGAUGAAGGAACUACUGGGUCUUCCCAAAAACUCGUCUCCAUCUUCUCAUCCGUGA